ACUCGCACCAAAAUCUCACCACGAGCGCCUCGUGCUCUCCUGCACACACCGUGCUUUACUUGUUCACUUCAGUAGUUGCGUUCUCCUCGCAUCGUCAACUUCAAGAUGUCGCAUCGUAAAUUUUCCGCCCCCCGUCACGGGUCCAUGGGCUUCUACCCAAAGAAGCGUGCUGCUCGUCACCGCGGAAAGGUGAAGGCCUUCCCGAAAGAUGACCCCAAAAAGCCUGUCCAUCUCACCGCCUUUUUGGGAUACAAGGCCGGUAUGACGCAUAUCGUGAGGGAAGCAGAUAAGCCGGGUUCAAAGGUGAACAAGAAGGAAAUCGUGGAGGCCGUCACCAUCAUCGAGACUCCUCCCAUGGUCGCUGUCGGCGUGGUUGGCUACAUCGACACUCCACACGGUCUCCGAGCCCUCAAAUUGAUCUGGGCUGAACAUUUGAGUGAAGAUUGUCGUCGACGAUUCUACAAGAAUUGGUACAAAUCCAAGAAGAAGGCGUUCACCAAGGCGAGCAAGAAAUGGCAGGAUGCCCUCGGCAAGAAGCAGAUCGACCAUGACUUUAAAAUCAUGAAGAAAUACUGCAGCGUGAUCAGGAUCAUUGCCCACACUCAGAUGAAACUGUUGAAACAACGCCAGAAGAAGGCUCACAUCAUGGAAAUCCAACUCAACGGUGGGUCCAUCUCUCAAAAGUUGGACUGGGCCAAGAAGCACCUCGAAAAGCCGAUCCCAAUCAACAACGUGUUCGCCCAGGACGAGAUGAUUGACAUCAUCGGAGUCACCAAGGGAAAGGGGACGAAGGGUGUCACUUCCCGUUGGCAUUGUAAGAAGCUGCCCCGCAAGACGCACAAGGGUUUGAGGAAGGUCGCUUGUAUCGGAGCCUGGCAUCCGUCACGUGUUCAGUUCACCGUGGCACGUGCCGGUCAAAAGGGUUACCACCACAGGACCGAGAUGAACAAGAAGAUUUACCGAAUCGGAGAAGGUAUCCAUGUCAAGGAUGGAAAGAAGGUGGUGAACAACGCCUCCACCGAGUACGACUUGACCGAGAAGAGCAUCACCCCGAUGGGAGGAUUCCCGCAUUAUGGGGAGGUCAACAACGAUUUCUUGAUGAUCAAGGGGUGCUGCGUCGGGCCGAAGAAGAGGGUUCUUACUUUGAGAAAGUCUCUCCUCACCCACACGAAGCGUUCCGCCUUGGAGAAGAUCAACUUGAAGUUUAUCGACACCUCUUCCAAAUUCGGUCAUGGACGAUUCCAAACGCCCGAGGACAAGUUGGCAUUUAUGGGUCCGCUUAAGAGGGAUAAGGAAAAGGUGGCGGAGUAGAUGAUUAACCUUUAUAAUUAACUAAGUAACUACUGGAAGGAUUUGUUGUUUUAUCAUUGAUUUUUAGUAGUGAAAAAUAAAUGGUUUUUCACCAAAGAGAGA